UUUGGGUAUAGCUGUCACACCUUACGCUUUGGAACUUGAGCAAAACUUCUUUAGGUAUUGAAUACAAAUUUUUUUUCAUGGCGGAAAUGGAAAUAGGCAACGAUGAGCAGAUAAUGUUGCCUAAGAAAGAACACGAAGAUUACGACAGAGAAAAAGAAGUGAAAGCCUUCGACGAUACUAAAGCCGGCGUUCAAGGACUGGUCGACGUCGGCGUAGUUAAACUCCCUCCAAUCUUUCACAUGCCUCGAGAAUAUAUCCAUGACCAUCCAACAUUAAACGGUCAUAAUUUACAUGGGUUCCAGGUUCCCAUCAUAGAUCUAAAACAUGUUUCUGAUCCUUGUUUACGGAAAGAGAUAGUUGAUAAGAUAAGAUUGGCAUCGGAGAAAUGGGGAUUCUUCCAGGUUAUUAACCAUGGGAUCCCACAGGAUGUGAUGAGAGAGGUCCUUGAAGGUGUUCGGAGAUUCCAUGAACAACCCAGAGAGGUGAAGAUGAACUAUUACUCGCGUGAGACUGGGAUCGUUAGGUAUUACACCAACUACGAUUUGCAUCAGUCCAAAGGUGCGAGCUGGAGAGACACCUUGAUUUGUGUCAUGGCUCCCAAUCCUCCGCCACCGAAGAUGUAUCCCUCUGUUUGCAGAGAGAUACUGGUGGAGUACUCGAAGCAUGUUCAAAGCAUAGGCGAUGUUAUCUUCGAGUUGCUGUCAGAGGCACUGGGUUUGGAUCCUGACCACCUCAAAGAUAUAGGGUGCCUGGAAGGGCAUACCUUUGGUUGUCAAUAUUAUCCGCCAUGCCCCGAACCUGAGCGGACCUUAGGACAUGUUCGGCACCGGGAUCCUGACUUCCUCACAAUCCUUUUACAAGAUCAAAUAGGAGGCCUUCAAGUUCUUCAUCAAGAUCACUGGAUUGACGUCCCUCCAUUGGAAGGAGCUCUCAUAAUUAAUAUUGGCGACCUCUUACAGCUAAUCUCGAAUGACAAGUUCAGAAGCGUUGAGCAUAGGGUUUUAGCGAAGAGUGUAGGGCCGAGAAUUUCAUUGGCAUGCUUAUUCUCAACACAUUCAGAACCAUCAAACAGGGUUUAUGGCCCCUUAAAACAAUUGCUAUCGCCACAGAACCCACCUUUAUAUGAAGACACCACAAUAUUGAAUUAUCUCAACUCUUAUAAAUCCGUGGGUGGACUCGAGAAUGCACUUUCUUUUCAUAAAUUGUAAUUAUGUUAUGAUUUAAAUCCACUACUCUUAAAUAAAUAAUAACAAAUACCUUCGUAGUAUGGUUUGUGUUUCAUGGAUGUAAAUCCUAUCUUAAUAAACAUCUUUUUUAUCCCUAUCAGAUUCAAAA